AUGGCGGAGUCAAAGAAGGGCGGCGGUGGAAGCGGCGGGGGCGACAACAAUUUGGGACAGUACAAGUAUGCGGCCAUGUCAAACCUGGUUCUCCAGGCGGACCGUAGAUUUGUUACUCGCCGGGGUGACGAGAACACUGGCGACCCAGAGUCGCUCGCUGGACGAAUUAACCUGGGCGAGAUGGGUUCGAGAACAGCGCGCGAAAAGGCACCGGUUUCUGCUGCGCCGACGGAGCAGGCGCGCAAGAGGAAGCGAACAGAGCCUGUGCAGAGCUCAAGAGCAGCAGGAAUUCUAAGCCAACAAGAUAUGAACAUUGAGGGCCUGCGCUACCGACCGAGGACGGCCGCGACGAAGGAUAUCUACGAUCUCAUUUCUGCGAACGUUGCGCAGAAGAUGGGAGGCGACUACGGUCUUGCGGUCACAGCCUCGGCGACAGACUCCAUUCUGGAAUACUUGAAAGACGACAGCUUGAAGGACUUUGACAAGAAGAAGGAAAUCGACGACAUUCUCGGGAUAACGACUUCGAGCAAAGAGUUCAAUCAGCUGGUGAACCUUGGCAAGAAGAUUACGGAUUACGACGCUCAGGAUGAGGACGAAGAAAUGGGCGACGGUGCUGGAGAAGAGGAAGACCUCGACGAGCAGCAGGGUGUCGCUGUCGAUUUUGGCGACGAGGAUGAGGACGAAGACGAAGGUCGAACGUUUGAAGUAAGAGACGAAGGCGAAGAGUCGGAAGACGAUCUGGCAAUGGGCACAGAAGAGGUCGCCGAGGAUGGCGCAGGCCCGCCGCCGGAUGCUGAAAUGGAAGGCGAUGAAGAGGGUGACGGCCUAGUCAUUGAGAAUCAAUCGCGGCGAAACGCGAAAGAAGAGGCAGACCCGAACUUUGUGCCCGCGCAUGAGAUCGACGCAUACUGGUUGCAGCGGCAAAUUGGUCAAGUCUACGAAGACGCUCAUAUUCAGACCGAGAAGACUCGAGAGGCGGAGGCUAUCAUGUCUGGGCUCGAUGAGUCAGGCGAAGAGAAGCCGCUCAGAGAGGUGGAGAACGACCUCAUGGAGCUUUUUGAUUACGAACAUAAUGAAGUCGUGGCGAAGUUCGUGCGAAACAGGGACAAGAUCAUCUGGGUCACUCGAUGGCGGAGAGUCGCAGAGGACGAAGCCUCUCGCUUGACGCUGGAGAAGGAGAUGGUCAACGCUGGCCACGCCGGCAUUCUGAAAGAGUUGCGUGGACGUGAUGAUUCAGGAAAGGCCGGCCCGAAGUUGACUGUCAAACUCGAUCCUAUGGAGCUUGACGCGAAGCUUCCUGUGAAAGAUGAGGAAGACGUCAAGAAGGAGGGUCUCGUGGGAGGCCUCCAGCCCCGAAAGACACUCAACCUCGAAGACCUCAAGUUCGACCAGGGCAACCAUCUCAUGACCAACCAAAACGUCAAGCUGCCACAAGGCUCAACGAAGCGCACCUUCAAAGGCUACGAAGAGAUCCAUGUGCCAGCCCCAAAGCGAAAGCAAAACCCGAACGAGAGGCCUUUGAUUCCCACAUCCGAUCUGGCUGCUUGGGCACGAACGGGAUUUGGCAGCUCGACACAAUUGAACCGCAUCCAGACCGAAUGCUACCAGUCAGCUUUUGAAGAUGACGGCAACAUGCUUAUUUGCGCGCCGACUGGAUCUGGCAAGACGAACGUAGCCAUGCUUACGAUGCUGCGAGAAAUCGGAAAGCACCGCGAUCCGGCUACUGGCGACAUCAACCUCGACGAGUUUAAGAUCAUCUAUAUCGCCCCCUUGAAGGCUUUGGUGCAAGAGCAAGUUGGAAACUUUGGCGCUCGAUUGAAGCCAUACGGCAUCACUGUGUCUGAGCUUACCGGCGACCGACAACUCACCAAGCAGCAGAUUGCGGAUACUCAGGUCAUCGUCACCACACCAGAGAAGUGGGACGUUAUCACGCGGAAGGCCACCGACGCCAGCUACACGAAUCUUGUUCGCCUCAUCUGUAUCGACGAGAUCCAUCUUCUUCACGAUGACCGUGGACCUGUGCUUGAGAGCAUCGUUUCUCGAACAAUUAGACGCACGGAGCAGACAGGCGACCCGGUACGUAUCGUUGGUCUGUCUGCUACGCUUCCCAACUACCGCGACGUUGCUACUUUCCUUCGAGUUGAUCCUCAAAAGGACCUUUACCAUUUCGAUGGUACCUUCAGGCCUUGUCCGCUUAAGCAAGAGUUCAUCGGCGUCACGGACAAGAAGGCGAUCAAGCAGCUAAAGACGAUGAACGAUGUUUGCUAUAACAAAGUCUUGGAACAGGUCGGAACCAACAAGAAUCAGAUGCUCAUUUUCGUACACUCGCGCAAAGAGACGGCAAAGACAGCGAAGUACAUCAGAGACAAAGCGUUAGAGAACGACACCAUUGGCCAGAUUCUGCGAGUCGAUGCUGCUAGUCGAGAGAUCUUGCGCGAGGAAUCCGAGUCUGUUCAAAACAGCGACCUCAAGGACGUCUUGCCGUACGGAUUUGGUAUCCAUCAUGCUGGUAUGAGUCGUGCCGACCGAACCGCAGUCGAGGAUCUGUUCGCAGACGGCUCAGUCCAAGUGCUCGUCUGCACUGCAACUCUCGCCUGGGGUGUCAAUCUUCCUGCCCACACGGUCAUCAUCAAGGGAACUCAGAUCUAUUCACCAGAGAAGGGUUCUUGGGUAGAGCUCAGCCCACAGGAUGUGCUUCAGAUGCUUGGCCGUGCCGGUCGUCCACAGUACGACACAUACGGUGAAGGUAUCAUCAUCACAACUCAGGCUGAGAUUCAGUACUAUCUGUCUUUGAUGAACCAGCAGCUGCCAAUUGAGUCACAGUUCGUGUCUAGGCUAGCUGACAAUCUCAACGCCGAGAUCGUACUGGGUAACAUUCGAACGAGAGACGAAGGUGUUGAGUGGCUUGGGUAUACGUACCUAUUCGUGCGAAUGCUUCGAUCACCCGCAUUGUAUCAAGUUGGUGCGGACUACGAUGAAGAUGAGACGCUUGAGCAAAAGCGAGUCGACCUCAUCCAUUCCGCAGCCGUAGUGUUGGAGAAGGCCAGUCUGGUCAAGUACGACAAGAAAUCUGGACGCCUUCAAGGAACGGAUCUCGGCCGCGUGGCCAGCCACUACUACAUCACACACAACAGCAUGCUGACCUACAACAUGCACAUCCAACCCUCUGUCAGUCCGAUUGAGCUCUUCCGAGUGUUCGCACUCAGUGAUGAAUUCAAGUACAUCCCGGUACGCCAGGACGAGAAGUUGGAACUCGCGAAGCUGCUUGGAAGAGUGCCCAUUCCUGUCAAGGAGACCAUUGACGAGCCGCACUGCAAGAUCAACGUCCUGCUCCAAGCUUAUGUGAGUAGAUUGAAGCUGGAAGGUCUUGCACUCAUGGCAGAUCUGGUCUAUGUCACUCAGUCGGCCGGGCGUAUCCUGCGAGCCAUGUUCGAGAUUGCGCUCAAAAAGGGAUGGUCGUCAGUUGCUAAGGAUGCACUUGAUCUUUGCAAGAUGGCCGAGAAGCGAAUGUGGCCCACCAUGACACCUUUGAGGCAAUUCCCUGAAUGUUCAAGCGACAUCAUAAAGAAGGCCGAGCGCAUUGACGUGCCCUGGUCCAGCUACUUCGACUUGGACCCUCCUCGCAUGGGCGAACUUCUGGGCAUGCAGAAGCAGGGCCGUCAAGUUUGCAACCUGGUCGCCAAAUUCCCACGACUCGAUAUCUCAGCACAAUGCCAACCCGUCACGAGAAGUAUGCUACGCAUCGAGUUGACCAUCAAGCCUAACUUUGAGUGGGAUGAUGAGCUGCACGGUCGUGCCGAGAACUGGUGGGUCAUAGUUGAGGACUGUGACGGCGAAGACAUCCUCUUCCAUGACCAGUUCCUUCUGCGAAAGGACUAUGCCAUUGCGGAGGCAAAUGAGCACUUGAUGGAAUUCACCGUUCCCAUCACAGAGCCUAUGCCGCCCAACUACUUUAUAUCGGUCGUCAGUGACAGGUGGAUGCAUGCUGAGAGCAAGCUCACUCUGUCAUUCCAGAAGCUUGUUCUGCCAGAGAAAUUCCCGCCACACACGCCACUGCUCGACAUGCAGCCGCUUCCAGUGGCAGCAUUGAAGAGAGAAGACUACGUCGACCUUUACCCCGACUGGCAACAGUUCAACAAGAUCCAGACACAGACAUUCCAGGCUCUCUUCCAGUCCGACGACAAUGUCUUCGUCGGUGCCCCCACAGGGAGUGGCAAGACGGUCUGCGCGGAGUUUGCGCUGCUUCGACACUUCACCAAAGCCCAGGGUGGCAAAGCAGUCUAUGUUGCUCCGUUCCAAGUUCAAGUUGAUGCACGACACAAGGCCUGGCAGACGAGGCUUGGUUCUUUAGCUGGUGGCAAGAAGUUCGUAAAGCUUACUGGGGAGACCACUGCAGAUCUCAAGCUGCUUGCUGAAGGCGACGUUAUUCUUGCCACUCCAGUGCAAUGGGACAUGAUGUCCCGGGGUUGGCAGCGAAGAAAGAAUGUCCAGGCCGUUAGCUUGAUCAUUGCAGAUGAUCUCCACCUGCUCGGCGGUCAUGGCGGGUACAUCUACGAGGCUGUCAUGUCUCGAUCACAGGCCAUCAAAGCGCAGCUUGAGAACGAGCUGCGGACUGUCGGUCUGAGUGUGUCGCUUUCCAACGCACGGGAUGUUGGCGAGUGGAUUGGUUGCAGCAAGCACACCAUCUUCAACUUCAGCCCGAACAGCCGGCCUCUGCCUCUCAACCUCCACUUGCAGACCUUCAACAUCCCUCACUUCCCGUCAUUGAUGUUGGCAAUGACGAAGCCAACGUAUCAAGCGAUCCUGCAGUACGCGCCAGAAAAGCCAGCUAUGGUGUUCUUGCCCAGCCGCAAGCAAGUGCGAGCAACAGCACAGGAUCUUCUGGCAGCUUGCGUUGCAGACGAUGAUGAGGACAGAUUCCUGCAAGCAGAUGCUGAACAGCUCGAGCCAAUUUUUGGCAAAGUCAAGGAGCGCUCGCUUGCGGACUCACUUUCUCACGGCAUUGCGUACUACCACGAAGCUUUAAGCGACUCAGACAAGCGCAUCGUGGAGUCGCUUUUCACUCAGGGUGCUGUUCAGGUCAUGCUCAUUUCUCGUGACUGCUGCUGGGAAGUGCAGAGCGUGGCACAUCUGGUCAUCGUCAUGGGUACGCAGUUCUUCGAGGGCCGAGAGCACCGAUACAUCGACUACCCUAUUAGCGAAGUCCUUCAGAUGUUUGGCAAGGCCGGACGACCUCUGGAGGACAAGGACUGCCGCGGCGUGCUGAUGUGCCCGGACACGAAGCGAAACUACUACAAGAAGUUCUUGGCUGAAGCGUUACCCAUUGAAAGUCAGCUACAGGCUUACAUGCACGAUGCAUUCGUGACUGAGAUCAGCACCAAGACCAUCGAGUCGACCCAAGAUGCUGUGGAUUGGACCACCUACACCUACUUCUAUAGGAGACUGUUGGCGAAUCCCAGUUUCUACGGCCUGCCAGACACCACGCAUGAAGGACUCUCCGCAUACCUGUCUGAGCAGGUCGAGACUACGCUCAAGGAACUGAGCGAUGCCAAAGUCAUCGAGUUAGAUGAAGACGAAGAUACGAUCACGCCGGUUCACGCCACCAUGAUCGCUGCCUACUACAACAUCUCGUUCUUUACCAUGCAGACGCUACUGCUCUCUCUGAAGCGCAGCACAAAGCUGAAGGGAAUUCUCGAGAUUGUCACGGCCGCCGCUGAGUUUGAAGACAUCCAGAUCCGCCGCCACGAGGAACACGUACUGCAACGCAUCUAUGACCGUGUCCCAGUCAAGCUCUCAGAGGUGAACUUUGAGUCUCCCUCGUUCAAGGCCUUCGUCCUCCUGCAAGCACACUUCUCCCGGAUGCAGCUGCCCACCGACCUUGCCAAAGACCAAGAAGUUGUCCUCCGCAAAGUCCUCAACCUCCUCAGCGCCUGCGUCGACGUUCUGUCCUCAGAAGGUUAUCUAAACGCCAUGAACGCCAUGGAAAUCAGCCAAAUGGUCGUCCAAGCCAUGUGGGACCGCGACUCUCCCCUCAAGCAAAUCCCCCACUUCGAGGAUGACAAGAUCGAAGUUUGCAACAAGUUCGGCAUCAAGGACGUGAUUGAAUUCCAAGACGCCAUGGACACCGACGAGAACCCCAAUUACGGCAAGUUAAUGGAAGGUCUAGGCUUCAGCAACAAGCAGCUCGCGGAUGCUGCACACUUCGUCAACGAACGAUAUCCCAACGUCGAACUCGAAUUCGAGCUCGAAGACCCCGAGAACGUCGCUUCAGGCACGCCGAGCUAUCUCAACGUCUCCAUCACGCGACAACUGGAGGAAGAUGAGGAGCCCAACUUAUCCGUCCACGCGCCUUUCUACCCAGCCGAGAAGACGGAGAGCUGGUGGCUCGUGGUCGGGGAGGAGAAGACGCGGACGUUGAUCGCUAUCAAGCGUGUCACGAUCGCGAAGGAGUUGAAGACGAAGUUGGAGAUCGUGCUGCCGACGCCCGGGAAGCAUGAACUGACGUUGUUCUUGAUGAGUGAUUCUUAUGUCGGUGUUGAUCAGGCGCCGACGUUUGAGGUUGAUGCUGCGGAGGGGAUGGAGGAGGAUGACGAGGAGGAAGACGAUGAGUAG